UGUUGCGUAGCGAUGUGUGCGAGCCGUGCAAGUUGUAGUAGUGAUGCGUGAGGUCUGUACUAAUGAGUUAUAAUGAACAGUGAUGGCCUUGCAGCGAUUUUAUUAGGCUAAUGCGGCCGGCAAGAGAGCUAGCUGCUGUAAGACACUAGCCAGCAUGCGGCCCGACGUCUCCCUCGGGCCGUCGAGGAGUCGUGCUAGGACAGAUGCGCCUCCAAAGACCGGUCUUUGUACGCCUCACUCCUCUGCAAAUUUCCUAACAAACUCCAAAACCCUAGGCCAAGCUGGCUUUUGUUUCUCCGCCGUGACAAAUCGCAACGCUGCCCAACCACGAGGCAGCCGCCGCUCGCAUCGUUGGCGCACUCCGGACGCCAUCGACGCAGCUCCGGACGCCGUUCGACGCGCCAGCUUGGCCACAGAGCAAAGCUGAGCAAGUAAAUGUCCACGGCCCGCACGCCGCUGGAGCAAGCCAUGUUACUGGAUGAUCAAAAGGGCGAGGCGCGCAUCAGCCCGCGCUUCGACACCAUGGACCGCGGCGCGCCCGCCGGGAGGGCCGAAGACACCCCCGCGUACAUCGCUUUACGAAGGGCCGGUGUUUUAUGCACGGAGCACCGCCGCAAGGACAUCGAGGACAUCUUUACCGGUUUAGACCUCAAGCAGAACACGGACCAGUGGAAGAAUAUUGUAGCACGGGCGAAGAACUGUUGUUGUUUGGUGCCUUGUGCUUAUUAUGCCUGCCAUACCGAAAUGUUCGUGCCCGCGGGUCACGUUGGGUUCCUCAUGGACCAGCAAAACCGCUACUUGUUCGCGCAGCCGGGCAUGCACAACAUCAACUCCAUGUUCAUUCGCGUGACGAGUGAACCGAGGCCGCUGCGGGGCCACAUCAAGCACGGCAAUCGCACGAUAGUAGUAGUGGAUCAAGGGAGUAUUGGCUACGCGUCGGACAACGGUCAGCCCGUAUUACUCCCACCUGGUAUACAUGUCUGGACGUCCGAGAGUAUGGAUUUCGUGUCGCAAUUUCAUUUAAAUGACCACAUCAUCGAACUCGGUCCUUAUACCCUUGUUACCGUAAAUGAGGGGUAUUCGGCCGUGACCCAGAACAAUGGGAAACAAGUCAUACUCGCGGGCGGGCAUACGCACUUCCUCACCCAUAAGAACUGGAAGUUCGAGAAAUUUAUAACCCUCAAAAUCCAGACGGAUGAGCUCGAGAGAAUCCAAGCUACAAGUGCGGACAACAUCAACAUGUUGGUGAAUUCUACGGUGAAUUGGCGCAUCGUUGAUGUGGAGGUCGCGGCGACGAUGGCGGCCGAGACGAUGGCGCAGAGCGGCAAGGGCAAGAUCGCCGCGGACAUCUCGAAACUAAGGAGAGAUGUUCUCAAACAAGCAUUAGCUUCGUUGGCGGCGUUCAUCGGCUCCGUGAACUACUCGGAGUCGUUCCACAUGAGUGCGGCGGCGCAAGCUGCUGGAAGAGAGGCACCUGUCGCCGCCGCUACUCUCGUAGAAGAGACGCCCGCAACCGUCGGCGCCUUCGCGGACAACCCGCUCUACAACCUGGAGAAGAUGGGCAGCGCGGUCGAGCACGCUAAUAGUGUAACGAGGAGCUACGGCAUCGAGAUCAUGUCGAUCAAUAUUAUUUCAGCUGCUCCUGUUGAUGAUGCUUUGACUAAAUCGUUAGCGUCUGGUGCGGUCGCGUCGGCCGAGGCCCUCAUGGCCGAGACAACCGCUAGAGGCCAGUCGCGCGCCGUGACCAUCGCGGCGGAAGCCGACGCGGCGGCGUUACGCAUCCGCGCCGAGGCCGACGCCGAAGCUGAAAAGCUGAGAGCCGAGGGCCGCGCGGAAGGCCUCAAGGCCGUCUCCGACGCGCUGACGGCGGCCGGCGGCGAGCAGGCCAUGGUCCAGAACAUCGCCGAGAAGUACAUCGCCUCGCUGAGCACGAUGGCGAACACGGCGAACAUGAUCAUCGUGCCCGACAAGCCCAACGACGUCUCGGGCGUCGUCACGACGGCGCUCGCGCUCGGCAAGCAGGUCGCGGCGAAGGCGUGACUUGUGUGCUUUUCUUUCCCCCCUGCCCCCCCCCCCGCUGCCCCCGCUGCUAAGAUUGAUUUUUGCUUUA